CUUGUCCUUGAAAAAACACACACAGGGCCCUAAGUGUGUAUUGGCUAAAUGGCUUUAACCAUCACAUUUCGUUUUGAAAGUGGCCCUUCCCUACGUCCUUACUGUUCAACCAUUAAAACCCAAAGUGCAUUUCCCCUCAAGAGCCGAAACCCCUAGCAAUGCCUGGCAUUGUGGGCGCGCAGGAACCAGAAUGUCCCCACAAAUAAUAAAGUCGGUACAAACAAUGGCGCGUGCCCAAGCAUUCACACUUGUUUUUUCAAGCCUCGGCUGACAGAGGCAAAGCUGUAAUUCCUUAGGUCGCUCGACUCCAGGAGGGGCGAGGUGUGGAUUGUAACGACAUUGACUACUUGAGAACUCUUUCGACAGGAGAAGCUUUAAAGAUUAACUUUCUCGAGUUUCCGUAACCAAAAAUGUUUUAGUGAAUGGCGCGAUUGGAAACUCGUGCAGGCGGGAGACCGCAGCGCGGCCGCUUUCAACAGGCGAUUUGUUCUUCUGUCCGUGGCUCAUUUCCAUGCAAAGAGCCUGACAUCAGAGCACCUUUUGUUGCUAAACGCUUUCUUUAGCGUGGAGGGGAGAGAGUCAUGUGGAGCUGGAAGAGCUCAUUUUGAAGAGAGGGGUCCCGGGGAGCUCCUGCCCAGUGCCAGCGGCUCCGCGGGCAGACCCGCGGGCCCUGCCCACCCUUGCUGGAAGGGGUGAGUCGCGUGCCUUAGGGCGCCGGUCCCCGUCACAGGAAGGAACGCCUCGGCAGCGCGUGUGAUCGCCGCUGGCCUGCCAGGACUCCCCGCCGUAAAACCCGGUGGUGCGGACUUCGCCUGCUGCCGCCCGGUCUCCGGGCCCGGCCGAGGGGCCGGAGUUGUCAGUCGCUCAACCCGCCGCCGCCGGGAGCCGCGGUGCGGGCGCCGGUGCGGGGCCCCGCGGGGUCGCCAGGUCUCCGGGGCAUGCGGCGCGGGGGCGCGGCUCGGUGACGCGGCGGGAGGGGGGCCGGCAGCGCGCUGGUGCGGGCGAGCGAGCCCCGGGCACCCGGACGCACGACCCGCACGCGGGACGCGGCCAUGGAGGACGCGGGGGCCGCCGGCCCGGGGUCCGACCCCGCGCCCGAGCCCGAGCCCGAGCCCGAGGCGGCCGCCGGCAUGUCGGAGGCGUUCUCCCGGCUCUGGACCGACGUGAUGGGCAUCUUGGAUGGCUCCCUGGGAAACAUCGAUGACCUGGCGCAGCAAUAUGCAGAUUAUUACAACACGUGUUUCUCUGACGUGUGUGAGAGGAUGGAGGAGCUGCGGAAACGGCGGGUUUCCCAGGACCUGGAGGUGGAGAAACCUGAUGCCAGCUCCACGUCACUUCAGCUGCGGUCCCAGCUCGAAGAGUCACUUGGCUUCUGUAGUGCUGUUUCAACACCAGAAGUGGAAAGAAAGAAUCCUCUUCAUAAGUCACAUUCAGAAGACGGCUCUAUAGGAAAAGGAGAUUGGAAGAAGAAAAAUAAGUAUUUCUGGCAGAACUUCCGAAAGAACCAGAAAGGAAUAAUGAGACAGACUUCAAAAGGAGAAGACGUGGGUUACGUGGCAAGUGAGAUCACAAUGAGCGAUGAGGAGCGGAUUCAGCUGAUGAUGAUGGUCAAGGAAAAGAUGAUCACCAUUGAGGAAGCCCUCGCCAGGCUCAAGGAGUACGAGGCCCAGCACCGGCAGUCUGCUGCCUUGGACCCUGCUGACUGGCCAGAUGGCUCUUACCCAACAUUUGAUGGCUCAUCAAACUGCAAUUCAAGAGAACAAUCGGAUGAUGAGACCGAGGAGUCGGUGAAGUUUAAGAGGUUACACAAGCUGGUAAACUCCACUCGCAGAGUGAGAAAGAAACUAAUCAGGGUAGAAGAAAUGAAAAAGCCCAGCACUGAAGGUGGGGAGGAGCACGUGUUUGACAACUGCCCAGUUCUGGAUGAACGGUCUGCCCUUUACUCUGGAGUGCACAAGAAGCCCCUUUUCUUUGAUGGUUCCCCAGAAAAAACUCCGGAAGAGGAUUCAGACUCUCUCACCACUUCUCCAUCGUCUAGCAGCCUGGACACCUGGGGAGCCGGCCGCAAGUUGGUCAAAUCCUUCAGCAAAGGAGAGAGUCGGGGCCUGAUUAAGCCCCCCAAGAAGAUGGGGACGUUUUUCUCCUAUCCAGAGGAAGAGAAGGCCCAGAAGGUUUCCCGCUCCCUGACAGAGGGGGAGAUGAAGAAGGGCCUCGGGUCCCUGAGCCACGGGGUAAGUACGGAUGGCGUUUGCUUCUAUGACAACCACCGUCGCAGGCACCACCUUCUAGUGUCCCUGGAGGAGGUUCAGAGUGUCCGGAAGCAAAUCCGCUUGAAGAAAAUGGAUACUAAUUAUUCAUGUUCCAGAGCUUUUCUCUGCCAGCGCCCCCCCAGAAAAGGAACUAACAGCACGCCCUGGGACCUGCAGCUGCCCCGGCAGAAGCCCAGAGGGGGCGGGAGCUGCUGCGGCGGCCCCGGCAGGAGGGUGCGCGCGCGCCCCUCGGUCAGCGAGCUCAAUAUCACAUACGUGGUGGAGCGGAGCCUGUACAGCCACCUGAACCUGACCCAGCUAGUGCGGCCUGCCUCAGACAGGACCCUGAGCAAGGCCGAGAAGCAGGACCUGAGGCGGUGCUUGCUGGAGGAGGGUGAGGAGGCCAGGAGGAAGUGGGCCGCCACGGUCGACCGCUGUACUAAAAGGGUUCUCUUGAGAAUCCACCAGAAGUCUAGAACCUGCAGCUUCGGAGGCUUUGACCUGACGAAUCGUUCUCUGCACAUUGGCAGCAAUAAUUCUGACCCAAUGGGUAAAGAAGGAGAUUUUGUGUACAAAGAAGUAAUCAAAUCACCUACUGCCUCUCGCAUCUCUCUUGGCAAAAAGGUUAAGUCAGUGAAAGAGACAAUGAGGAAGAGAAUGUCUAAAAAAUACAGUAGCUCUGUGUCUGAGCAGGACUCGGGCCUUGAUGGAAUGCCUGGCCCCCCUCCACCCUCACAGCCUGACAGCGAGCACACGGACAAGCCCAAGCUCAAAGCCGGAGGUUCUGUAGAGAGUCUGCGGAGCUCACUGAGUGGGCAGAGCUCCAUGAGUGGUCAAACAGUGAGUACCACUGAUUCCUCGACCAGCAACAGGGAGAGUGUCAAGUCGGAAGAUGGGGACGAUGAGGAGCCUCCCUACCGGGGCCCCUUCUGUGGGCGUGCCAGGGUGCACACCGACUUCACGCCCAGUCCCUACGACACAGACUCGCUCAAGCUCAAGAAAGGAGACAUCAUCGAUAUAAUCAGCAAACCGCCCAUGGGCACCUGGAUGGGCCUGUUGAACAACAAGGUUGGCACAUUCAAAUUCAUCUACGUGGAUGUGCUAAAUGAGGAGGAGGAGAAGCCCAGGCGGCCCACCAGGAGGAGGAGAAAAGGAAGACCACCCCAGCCCAAAUCCGUGGAGGAUCUCCUUGACAGGAUCAACCUGAAAGAACACAUGCCCACUUUCCUGUUCAAUGGGUAUGAAGAUUUGGACACCUUCAAGCUCCUAGAGGAGGAAGACUUGGAUGAGUUGAAUAUCAGGGACCCGGAACACAGAGCUGUGCUCCUGACAGCAGUGGAGCUGUUACAGGAAUAUGACAGUAACAGCGACCAGUCAGGAUCCCAGGAGAAGCUGCUUGUGGACAGCCAGGGCCUGAGUGGAUGCUCUCCACGGGACUCGGGAUGCUACGAAAGCAGCGAGAACCUGGAAAAUGGCAAGACUCGGAAAACGGGCCUUCUCUCAGUCAAGUCAUCAGCCGAGUCCAGCUUGAAGUCUUUCACCAGGAAUCAGCUGGGCAACUACCCAACCUUGCCUUUGACGAAGUCCGUGGAUGGUCGCAAGCAGGCAGAAGAGAGCAGGCUGCGUGGUGGUCUUGCCCCUCAUGCUGCCAAGUGCUCUGACCAGCCGUGUGGGACUGGCUUGACCCAAAACCGAAGAAGCCUCCCCAUUUCCAUCUGUCGGAGCUGUGAGACCCUGGGGGGCCCCCAGGCUGUGGAGCCUUGGCCCCGCCCCCACUCCCUGGAUGACCUUCAAGGAGAGUCUGCUGCUGAGAAGGACAUGCCAGGCGAGGCGACAAGCCCCUCCCCUCAGAUUGUACCAGAAGUGCCACAAAAGACAACCCCCUCGGUCACAAAGGUUCGAAGCCCCGGACAAGAUUCUGCUGUUGACAAUGCAUUGCUACUGACCCAAAGCAAGAGAUGCUCUGAGCCUACGAAAACGACCAAGAACCUGGAUGGCCCACUCCCAGCCGCUGCCCGGUCCACGUCACCCCCUCCGUGUUUGCCCAAAACCUGUGACGCGCAGCCCCCCGGAGGUAGACCCAGUUUAGCAAGGACGCCCCUGGAGGGUCACAGAAAAGGACUCGACUGUGAGGGAACAUAUCAUCCCGCGGGCACCAAAGAAGGCGUGGAUGCCGAGCACAGGGGUCCCGAGGCCAGAACGCAGGUUAAGACCCCAGCGCAGCCUCCACCGGUUCCCGCCAAGAGGAGCCGCGAGCGCCUGGCCAACGGCCUCCACACCAGCCCCGCGGGGCCCGACGCGCCGCGCCUGCCCAUCAAGAAGGGCAGCCCCGGCGAGUGCCCGGCGCCGCAGGCCCCCCGCGCCCCUGCGGGGCCGGAGCCCGGCAGCCCCCCAUGCGCAAGGCCGCCGCCCUGGCUCUCGGGGCCUCCGGAGCGCGGCGGCCGCCCGGGCCCGGCCCUGGCCAGGAAGAGCUCCUGCGCGCGUGGGGUGGACCUGGAAAUGCUCACGGAGAGCAAGCUGCAAGCCGAAGCCAUCGACCUCACCGAGGAACCCUAUUCUGAUAAGCACGGCCGCUGUGGGAUUCCUGAAGCCCUGGUACAGAGAUACGCGGAGGAUCUGGGUCAGCCUGAGAGGGACGUCGCCACCAACAUGGACCAGAUCCGCGUGAAGCUGCUGCGGAAGCAGCACCGCAUGGCGAUCCCCAGCGGUGGACUCACAGAAAUCUGUAGAAAGCCCCUCUCCCCCGGAUGCAUUUCAUCCGUGUCAGAUUGGCUGGUUUCCAUCGGUCUGCCCAUGUAUGCCAGCACCCUCACCGAAGCCGGGUUCAGCACCCUGGGCCAAGUGCCUUCUCUGUCCCACACUUGCCUUCAGGAGGCCGGCAUCACAGAGGAGAGACACAUAAGCAAGCUCGUGUCUGCAGCCAGACUCUUCAAACUGCCGCCAGGCCCUGAGGCCGUGUAGCCAGGCCCGUAAUGGACCUCCCUGGACAACAGCCCCCCUUCACUGUGCUUGCGAUGCUGAUGCAAUUCUUCCUCCUCUGGACAUGAGGACAGAUCCAGAAGAAAGGCCCAGUGUGUGCCCAACAGUGAGAAACCUUGGCACAGGACUGAUGACCCUCUCUUCUCCAAACAAGCCUCCCUGAGGAAAUUGAUGUAGUUCUCUGUGGCCCCCAAAGAAAAGACAAGCACUUAUUUUUAUUUUUUAGAACUCAGAAGAACCGAUGCCAACCUGUCACAAACUGUGCCUCUGGUCUGUCUUGGUGUGCUGGGCGAGGGCUGGGAGCAGAAGAGGGCCAGCCUUUCCAUUUCUGAUGGUGCCCUUGCCGUGUGCCUGUCACCCUACAGGAUACCCCAGGACCAGUCAGGCUUUUGCUAGGCCAAAGUAACAGACUGGGGAGCUAGUGCACACUACUGACCAUGCUCAUGUGUGCAAAAGUAAGAAAAUCUGGCUGCACUAGAAGAAAAAGUCCUAUUCUCCUUUAGAUAAGCAAGAGACAUUUUAAUAAUUGCUUUCUAGCAAUCAGCUUUUAUUUGCCUUAAUGUAAGCUUUUAAGCAGUUACCUAACUAGUGUUCACCACCCUAUAACCAUAGUUCCAGACCUCAGCUUAAACUGCCAUCUGACAUACAUGAGAUGUGUUUGGCAAAAAUGGGCUCUUCUAAUUGUCAUUCUAACAUGGCUUAUUGUGUAGGAGUGUUUAUCAAGCAGAAAUUUCAUGUUGGUUUUCAGUUUUUAAACUAACUACAAGUCCAGUAAAAAGCUAUCUGAAAUUCACAGAGAUAGUGUGUAUGUGUGAGUGUGCAUGCAUGUGUGUGUGUAUGUGUAUGUGUGUGUGUAGUAACUACCUUCAUUUUAAUCAGUUACUGUUGUUACCAUGUUGGUCAUUGUGCUGUGGUAUUAACUUGGACUGCUUACUGCAUCCAUUCCAAAAUUCUGUCACCAGCUAACAAAUCACCUUUGCAAAAAGUCAUUGUAAGAUUGAGUAUCUCAGAAAGGUAUUUUUCAAAAUAGUUAUAAGAUGUUUUAAAAGUAUUUCUCAGUUUUAGAAUUAAGAUACUGUUUUCCUUUUCUUUAGAUAAUUCUUUUAAUUCAAAUAGAGGUUAAUUUUGGAGCCAAACUACAUUAGCCAUGUAUUAAGUAUGUGCAUAUUUUCAGUUGUUUGCCAACUGAUUUGAGCAUAUGCCAUCCUCUUUUAAACUAGUGUCUGAUUUUCUAGCAAACAAAUUUAGACAACUAAACUAUUAAGAUUUCUACUGCUUACCAAAUAGUUUUUCUUUACAUUUUAUCAUGAGCACUGUUUUGAUGCAUGAAUAUGAUCAUUUCCAAUGGAGACACUUGGAACACAAAGCUUCAAUCAAAAGCUCUUUAAUAUUUCAUCUACUCCUUAAAACUUUAAAGUGAUUUCCCUCAGGGAAAAAAAAAAGAUUUCAUUAAUUACAAAGCCAUCUUUAGUAUUUGCUUUAUAUUCCUGGAUCCAGUUUCUGAGGAAAAGGACAUUCUCAGGUGAUAAUCUUUUUUCAUGCUUCAGUAUGCAUUUCUUAAGUAAUGUAUCUUUCUUUAGUAACACUCAAUUUCUUCAAGACGCCAUGUGAACAAGUUGUGGAAAUGUAGAAUAAAAACCCAAAGCUGCCAAAUUUGUAUUGAACUCUUUAAAAAAUAGCCCAUUUUUGUCAUCUCAGGUUGUGGCAUUCCUGUGCGCAUAGCCCGAUGUGGAAUGUAAUGGGGCUGCACAGCCCUUUUAAACUGUCACUAAACGUAUUUCAAGUGCUAUGGUGGAGGUGGGGGCUGUAAAACGGGCACCUCGUCCUGCUUUUGCGAUAACCUCAACAUGAUAUUCUAAGAGAUUGUGCUCAUAGUUUAAGCUGAGCAAAAAGACCACACAAACGUCAUGCAGUAACAAAGGAGAAGAGGAGAUCUGAAGUGAAUUUCUCAGUGCCCGUUCAUUUUCUGUAUAGGAUUUUCAUUUGCAUAAAAGUGGCACUGGAAAUGGGAACUUUCUGAAUAUGAGUUUUUGAGAAAGCCACACCAUAUUUUUAUCACUCUUCUUUGGAAAUCCUUGCCUUUGCCUAGAAAAACCAAGUUCAGGGACCAUGAAUAAUUUUUGGUGGAAAGGUCUUCCUAAUUGGAGGGGUCUGAGGUGGAUUUUAUUUUAUUGUGCUUUUCUUAAUCCUUUUUUUUUUCUUUUUUAGCAUUUGUUUGGUCCUCUUUUGCUUGAAGCUUUUAAUUUGAUCCUAGAAAAGCCAGAAUGUUUGUGUGUGACAUUUGACUGAGGUGGUUUGGGGGCCACCUGGGGACAUGAGAAGACAGGUGGUAGACAUCAGCCAAAUCCAGGUACAGAAUGUGGAGGAAUGGUGAAAUUGUUGUCUUUGGAAAGCACAAACACAACCUGGAAAGUCAGUUCAGCUCAGGUAGCUACACACCCAGUAUGUGUGAUUUUUACUUUGGAGCUGUCUACAAGGAAAUGCAGCCAGCCCUAACCACUAUUUACAUUCCCAGAUAACCAAGAAGUAGCUCGAUUUUCAUGGCCUUCUCCUAGUGGCCCUUUUCUCUGUCCUGAACCCUGGUGCCAGUGAAAUUGGAAAUUUCCUAGCCUAUUGGAAAUCAGUCCCAGACAUAGCAACAUUUGCUUUCAUAACUGCAGCAAAAGAAGUCAGUUCACCAAGUCAGCGCUGCAUGUGUGUACUGUAUUAUUUUCAGAAAAAAAAUAUAUAGUCAUCAGAAUCCAAGUUAUAUUGAUUUUUAAAUUGAUAGAGAAAACAAAUUGUCAAGCAAGUUAUAUAACAGCUAACAACAUUGCACUUUCUGUAUAUGAAAUCAAUAUUUAAAUAACUUAUUUUUCUCCAUUGCUGUUCUUAAACAUUGUAAGUAGCUGUAAUAUACCAGUACCAAUAUGGUCUUGCGAUUGCUUCAGCCCAAGAAAGCUGUGUAUCGUUUUAAAAAUUGUAAAAAUUAUUGUGAUGAUUCAUUUAGCAAAGAGAAAGGUGGACAGAAGGGUCUUCCUAUGUAUCAAAACUUGUCUAUAAUUACGUCAUCUAUGUACCUAGAAAAAAUAAAUAAAUUUCUUCAGUUGAA